CCAGCCCGCGGUCGCACAGUCUCCCCACGCUUCCUCGGCCCUGCCGGGCGCACUUGGCUUGGCUUCCCCUUGAGCUGCCCCAGCGCCCGUGGGGCUGGCCAGGGUCCCGGACAGGCUGGGCCCUGUCCCAGGGCAGAGUGAAGACUGCUUGGGAGGAUGAGGGUCCGGUCCUCAGGACAGAAACUCCCCUGCCCCUGGUGAUGGCCGGAGCAGAAUGCCAGGGACGGGAGUAAAGACGCCGGCACGGGCUCUCGAAAGGCCUCAGCCCUGGGGUCAGGAAGCCCGGCCGGCGCUGGACCCGGGACCCACCCUUCUGCUGUCUACUCACUGACCAGUAGGGAGAUAAGACCGUGGGGUGGGGGGUGGGGGGAGAGGCAGCUGGAAGCAGCAAAGGAGCUGUUGGAGUGGAGAGAAAAAGAUGGUAGCCCCGGAAUGGCCACCUUCACGGGGGUGCCUUGUGCCAUCUUCAGAUGGGCAGAGCCAAGUCUGGAAGUCGGGGCUUUGCUGACAUGGACCCAAAUCCGCGGGCGGCCCUGGAGCGCCAGCAGCUCCGCCUGCGGGAGCGGCAGAAAUUCUUCGAGGACAUCUUACAGCCGGAGACAGAGUUUGUCUUCCCUCUGUCCCACCUGCAUCUCGAGUCCCAGAGACCCCCCAUAGGCAGUAUCUCAUCCAUGGAAGUGAACGUGGACACACUGGAGCAAGUGGAACUCAUCGACCUUGGCGAUCAGGACGGAGCAGACGUGUUCUUGCCUUGUGAAGACCCUCCGCCGACCCCCCAAACGGCAGGGGUGGACGACCAUCCAGUGGAGCUGAGCCUGCCAGUGCCCGCGGCAGACAGGCCCACAUCCCGGACCUCCUCCACGUCUUCCGACUCCUCCACCAACCCGCGCAGCCCAAAUCCAAGUGACGGCGGGGCAGACACGCCCUUGGCACAGUCCGACGAGGAAGAGGAUGGAGGCGAUGCGGGGGCAGAGCCUGGAACCUGCAGCUAGCACUGGGCCCGUCCGACAGACUGACUGAGCUGGCUCUGCUUCAUCGGAGGUCCUGGGCCCAGCCGGAGCUCCCCGGGGGAAGAACCAGACUCUACUUGCAGUAGGCACGAGAAGGAGGGCAGGAUGGCGUGGCCCUCUGAGAAUUAACCCGCUCCUGCUUUUCUGCUAAUCAGUUCCCGCUGCAGCCCUCCCGCCGGUUUUUGGGUUACUCUGAGGUAGGUCUUGCAAGUGAGGAGACACAAGAUGACAUAGGACAGGAUGCCACUGCCUUUCUCAGCACUGCUCCCUCCCCCAGACUUUCCCGUAGUUUUCUCCUAGAAUCUUCUAAACCAGUGUCUAAUGGACGUGCACUCCUCAGUACUGUAAGUGAGGUGGCGCUCCAGCCCUCUGCCUCCUUACGUCCUUUUUGGAACAGGGCACGGUAUAAAUAAUAAAACAAAUAACAGCCUA